ACGCUAGUAAAAAACACACACACACACACACACAUCAGGCGCAGCUAUGGCAGCAGGCAGCGCACCGCCGCCACGCCUCGGCACUUAACGAGAAAAAACACGUUUAUUUUAUUAUUUUUUGCUCUUUUGUUUCCUCCUUUUCGCUCCUGUCUGCGCGUGUCGAGCGUUUUCGUUUUUUCGCUUUUGUUUUCGUCUUACAGCUUCGUCAGCGUCGCGAUUUUCCAGCUUCUAGAAGAGACCGUGGACUAAAAAAUAAUGAUAAAAAAACAAUAAAUGAAGGAAAAAUGCACGGAUCGCUUUGGGAAUCUCUCUCGCGCGCUGAUUGCGAAGCUGCAGCCUAGAAUCUGAUGCUUUUGGUCAUUUUCAGAGCCUGAAAUCGUGCUCGGUGUAACCGUCUCGCUGCAAAAGGGCUCCCUGGAUUUCAGCAGCAUCACACACACACACUCCCACACACACACACACACCACCUCCACCCCCCCGCGCAGAGGAUGCUGUGGAUGUGAUGAAGCUGUGCUGAAGGAUGGGGAAGGAUCAGGAGCUGCUUCAGGCCGUGAAGACCGAGGAUCUGCUCACCGUGCAGAAGAUCCUGCAGAGACCCAAACCAGGCAAAGCGAAGUUGCUGGGUUCUGCUAAGAAGGUCAACGUUAAUUUCCAGGACACAGACGGGUUUUCUGCGCUCCACCAUGCUGCUCUCAACGGAAACCUGGAGCUCAUCUCUCUGCUGCUGGAGUCUCAGGCCAUGGUGGACAUCAGGGACCAGAAAGGUAUGCGCCCCCUGCACUACGCUGCCUGGCAGGGUAGAUCUGAGCCCAUGAAGCUGCUGCUGAAGUCCGGCUCCUCUGUCAACGGCCAGUCAGAUGAAGGCCAGAUUCCCCUGCACCUGGCCGCUCAGCACGGACACUAUGAUGUGUCGGAGAUGCUGCUGCAGCACCAGUCGAACCCCUGCAUCGUGGACAACGCUGGAAAAACCCCGCUGGACCUGGCCUGCGAGUUCGGCCGCGUCGGGGUGGUCCAGCUGCUCCUCAGCAGUAAUAUGUGUGCGGCUCUUCUGGAGCCCAAACCCGGAGACUCCACUGACCCCAACGGGACGAGUCCGCUACAUCUCGCCGCAAAAAACGGACACAUAGACAUCAUUAGGCUGCUGAUUCAGGCAGGCAUCGAUAUCAACAGGCAGACGAAAGCUGGCACUGCCCUCCAUGAGGCGGCACUGUGUGGCAAAACAGACGUGGUGCGCCUCCUGCUGGACAGCGGCAUCAAUGCGACAGUGAGGAACACGUACAGCCAGACUGCGCUGGACAUCGUCUACCAGUUCACAGCCACACAGGCCAGCAAGGAGAUCAAACAGAUGCUGAGAGACGCGUCGGCCGCCCUGCAGGUCAGGGCUCUGAAGGAUUAUUGCAACAACUACGACCUGACCAGCCUCAACAUCAAAGCAGGAGAUGUCAUCACAGUGUUGGAGCAGCACUCGGACGGCAGGUGGAAAGGCUGUAUCCAUGACAACCGCACAGGAAACGACCGAGUGGGCUACUUCCCUUCCAGCAUAGUGGAGGUGAUCUGCAAAAGGCCGGGUGCUACAGGUUCAUGGAGUACAGUCGUUUGUACCCAACAGUAUCAAACCAUCCCGCUGUGCGUGAGCGGGUGUGUGUCCCCCACUGCCGCCGUGCCGAACGGGGAAUCGUAUCAUGAGAUUCUUAUCCUGCCGCCUCCACCCGCGCCUCAUGCCCAUCAGCCACUUUUUACUUCCUUUGGGUAUAACAGGUCGCAAAGCAUCUCAGCUGAGCCACUCAACCAACAAGGUUCCCGCGGUUCAGAGUCCAGCCCUCACGGCUCCCCGACUCCCUCUGGCGGGCCACAGGGGGGCAGCAGUGAGGAGAUCUGGGUCCUGCGCAAGCCUGUGGCAGGUGGAGAUCGCAGCAGUGUGGGCAGUUCGGGCAGCGUGGCCAGUGCCCGCUCCUCAGGCAGUGGUCAGAGCGCUGGGAGCAGCUCCCACAUUCUCCAUGCCCAGGCUGAGGGGGUGAAGCUUCUGGCUACAGUGCUGUCGCAGUCGGCUAAAGCUAAAGAGCACCUUCUGGAACAGUCCAAGUCCCUGGAGCAUUCGUCCAUCACCACAGCUAAGGGUCCCACCUCGCGCAGCCAGAGCGUGUCGAGCUGUCCUCUCCACGAGCAGCCGUACUCAGAGUCUCAGAGGAAAGACGCUCAGUCCGAGGGGAAGGACCUGACAGCCAUUGGCGUGACUAAACCAGGUCAUCGCAAGAAGAUGACCUCAGAGAUCAACAAGCUCAGCGUGACGGAGUGGACGCCUGACCAAAAACCUGCUAAUCUCGGCGAGUGGUUAACCAUGAUCGGGCUGAGUCAGUACUACCAGGUUCUGGUCCAAAACGGCUACGAGAACAUUGAGUUCAUCACUGACAUCACCUGGGAGGACCUGCAGGAGAUCGGCAUUACGAAGCUCGGCCACCAGAAGAAGCUCAUGCUGGCUGUGAAGAAGCUGGCGGAGAUGCAGAAAAGCUCUGAAACUCGAAACACGCGCAAGAAACCUCCGUCCUUGCAGGACAUGGUGGCUAUUGAGAGCCCUCCACCGGACAGCGGAGAGUGCAUGUCUCCAAAGAUGACCACCUUCCAGGACAGCGAGCUGAGCGGGGAGCUUCAGGCCGCCCUGAGCCGCCCUGUAAAUGUCCAGGAUGGACCUGAGGUCCGAAACAACGCCAAUGGGGGUCCGGUUCCCCAGCAGCGCUCACGCAGUCUGCAUGAGAACAGCAUCAACAAGAGCCGGGACUCAGAGGAACCGAGUGGUCCUCCAAGAAAAGAGGCUCGUACGAUGCGUCAGAGCAGCCAGGCGGGAGGCCAGAGAGGAAGUGUUUCACAGCCAAAACCGCGACAGUCUUACCCACAAGGCAGUGGUCCUCCUUAUACUCCACCUCAGACUCCAACCAAGACCAAGCCGCCUUCCUCUCAGACCAUGGCAUCCUCUCAGACCAAGCCCAGACCGAGCCCCCAGCUUCUGCAGCAGACGGAAAGACCCAUGUCCCCUCGCUCUAUGCCUCAGUCUCCAACUCACAGAGGGCAUCCACAACCAGCCCCACAGCCUGUGGAGAGUGUAGAAGCAGUGCAGUCAGCACCAGCUGUCUCUGUGCCUCUCCUGUGCCUGCCACCCGAGGGUGACACUGACGAUGGAAAUGAGCAAGGUACACCGAAGAAGCGAGCUCACAGUCUGAACCGCUAUGCUGUUUCCGAUAGCGAAACAGAGCGCGACGAGGUAAACGUGCCAGACACAGGUGGCAAAUACGCAACUGUCCAGCAUCGGGUGGGCCGAAGCAACUCCAUGAAAGGGCAGGCAGACAAGAAUGUGAACCGCAGCCAGUCUUUUGCUCUUAGGCAGAAGAAGAAGGGUCCUCCGCCGCCUCCGCCCAAACGCUCCAGCUCAGCUAUCUCCAGCUCCAGCAGCAACCUGACUGAGGUGCCUAAAGAAACAGGCACAGGUGGUCACCUGCUGGAUGUCAACUACCAACCACAGAGACGUGCCAGUGACCUGGGGGGCACCGUGGACACGGGAAGCGCGGGCAGUGUAAGGAGCAUUGCUGCCAUGCUGGAGAUGUCCUCCAUAGGAGGGGGAGCUAAAGGCCUGGCUCAGAAAUCUACAGGACAUUAUUUGCAGGUGGGUACAGCAGGCGGGAAGCAACACGAUGCCAUUGGUCUGGAUGGAGAGGUCGUGAACCGGCGCAGGACCAUCAGUGGGCCAGUCACUGAUCUGGUGGCCGCAGCUAAGAGAGGUCCACAGCAGCCUCAGCCUAUGCAGAUCCAGCAAGUCCAGCAGGUCCAGGACAGACUGUCAAAUGAACCUCAGCCAAGCUCUACCGGCAACUCAGCCGAAAAUCUGCCGUUCGCCGAGGAUGGGAACCUCACCAUCAAGCAGAGACCCAGACAGGGCAAGGGUGAGGGUGAGGAUGGAGUAGAUGGUAUAUAUUCCCUGCCACAAGAGGAGCUCCCCAACAUGGAUGGUACAAGCACUCUUAAGAGGAGGACCUGGAGCUCCAAGCAACACCAAGAGGAAGCCAAGUUCCACCUCAUUGAGUCCAACACGGUGAAGCGAAGACCCAAGAGCAGGGAGAACAAGGAGUCUGAGGAGCCGCAGCAGCAAGAACCACAGGCCGUGCCUUACCAGAACGGUACCGGCACCAUCAAGAGACGCCCAACAUCUGAGGUGACUGUGUCUGAACAGCCUAGGCCACAGGAGCAUGUAGAGAACAAGCCUCGCAGGGACAGCGCAGACCUAGAGGGCCAGCUUAAUGAAAGCACGGCUCGCAAACCUGCCAAACCUCCGGUGUCACCCAAACCCGUUCUGGCCCAACAUUUGAAGAAGCAGGGACCUCCGGCUGCCGUGACCAAGAAAGCCCCUUUUCCUGGACCAGGGGCACCUGGCAGUCCAGUUGAAGGGAAGAAAAUGCCUCCUCCAGUUUCUCCGAAACCCACCCCUCCUCCCACGGCUCCCAAGCCGUCGAAGAACAUUCUUCAGUCCAUAAACGCGACGCCCAACCAGACCCCAGUGCCGUCUCCAGCAAGGCAACCGGUCACGAAGAUCGAAAGCCCAGCUUUGACCACAAACCCAGUCAAAUCCCCAACUCCACCGGCCCAAAGCCCCCAGACUCCACACACGCCGCAGACCCCGGUGACGCCACAAACCCCGCAGACGCCCCAAACCCCCCAGACCCCUGUGCCUCCCCCUGUGAAGCCUCCUCGCUCCUCCAUCAGCGGGGUGUCUAUGGACAGUGGCAGUGGCGGAUCAGGGCCGGGAUCGGGGGUCAUGACUGCGGACGCUGUGCAGCAGAAGAUUGAGGAGACUAGCGCCUCGCUGGCUGCAGCAUUACAGGCUGUGGAAGAGAAGAUUAAAGAAGACAGGCACAGAGACUCGGUGACGGAAAACAAGAGCACAGUGAGCAUCCUGGACGACAUCGGCAGCAUGUUUGACGACCUGGCAGACCAGCUAGACGCCAUGCUGGAGUGAAGAGCACAGCCUGCGUCUCUGUGGCACAACCUCAGGACCCAGGAGAGCACAAAAAGGGCACAAAUAACCAACCGACUGACCAAACAAACCCACGAAACCCUCAGAACCUCCAAAACCUCCGACCCCCAGCCUCCUGUACCUUCUCCCUCCUGUUCUUCUCCUGCUUCCUGAACAUCCCCUCUCUCCUUCUCUCUCCUCCCCGAAGUUGGUUUGCACAACCCCCCCAGGUGAAGUGACCUCAGGGCUGGGCGACGAAGAUCAUCCAGGGCUUUACGAGGGUGGAGAGGGCAGAGGACGAGUUUUACCAGAAAAUAAACUCAGCUGUCUGUUCUUUUCCAUUCAAAAACGCUAUCGUGAGGAAUGAAUAGCAAAACAAUACCAAUAAUUACUGUAUAUGAAAUUAUAGUAUGGUAUGUGUACAUUGUAAGCAUGAGGAAAGUUUGUAUCUAUAAAGAAAAAAUCUCAUAGUGAGAGUCAUGCAUUAGUACAGUAAUAUAUAUAUAAGUAUAUAUAUAUAUAUAAAUAUAUAUAAAUAUUUUAUUUUGUUUUUAUUUCAUGGUAAAUGGUACAAUACAGUGUUGUUAUGUUUCAGAACUCUAUGGACUUUCCUGACAGAAAUACGGAUUUUUCUAUGACAAAAACAGAGUUUAAAAAAAGAUGCUAAGCUAGCUGUCAUAUAUAUAUAUAUAUAUUAGCUGUGCUCAGUAGAGGGCAGUAGUGAGCCGUGUUGACUUUAGUGAUUGGAGUUCCUGUGUAAAUCCUGCUCUGCUCUGCGUGCUUGCCUCGAGCUCCCGUACCUCUGUAUAGAACCUUUUAGUUCUCUGCUGCCUCAUUCCACACGGAUGGGUCCGCACGAGGGAUGGGCAUGAACUCAGUUCAGUUUAUUUAUUGGCACUGUUUACAAACAACGUCGUCGUCCUGAUCCAGACGCAAAAAGGGUUGAAAAGUUGACUGUUCAGUCGGCUGAAAUGGUUAAAAACCCAGUCAAGAAUUGUGGGGCUAUUAUGACGGUUUACUGUUUAUGUAAAGUUGGUCUUUAACCUCUUAAACUGCAAAGUCUCUCUAUAUACAACUACGCAAAUUACAGUUACUGAAGUAGUUACUGAAUAAAGUUGGUGGUUUGUCUUAAACAACAAAAGAACCUCUGAAAAAAUAAGGUGGUCAUUAGGACCAAUCACAGUCGGGGGGGGGUCUCAGAACUAGCGAGGAGGUGAUUAGGACCAAUUACAGUUGAGGGGAGGUCUCAGAACUAACGUGGCAGUGAUUAGGACCAAUCACAGUCGAGGGGAGGUCUCAGAACUAACGUGGCAGUGAUUAGGACUAGAGGUGGGUAAUCCAG